AUGGCGAGGGGUGGGGAUGAAGUGGACUUGGAGAUGUUUGAAUGUGGGAUUUCUUUGAAAGAGGAAUUAGAAGAUUUGCAGAGCAUUGAGUACAUGGCUAGGUACUGUGGACUCCCAAGAAGUAAAGAGCUUGGGACUGGGACUGAAACUUAG